CGUUUAAAGCGCGAAAAUAGAGUUCUACGCGGGGCAUUCGCGCGAGCCUCUCCUCUUCUCCUUCACCUCCUUCACCAUCUCCUCCUGCUCCUCCUUCACCUCCUGCCGAUCUUCAUUUGGCCAGUGUGUCGUGUGUUAGUAGUGUUGUACGUAGCAUGGCCUGCCAGAUCACGGGUUACGCGUUUAGUCUUUGACUGGAGGCAUCCGCGUUAACAUAGUCCAGCGUGCUUGCUCGCUUGCUGGCACAAUACUUAACAUCCGAUCGAAUGAUGAUCGAUCUAACGAUUAUCAUAUAAUAUUUUAAUUUAUUGGCAUAUCUAUGGGGAUUAUAUAUAUUUCAUGAAGAAAAAAAGAACAAAAGAAAAAAAAAGAGGAAAGAAAAAAGUGACGUCGAAAAGUAACGUUAUCAUGAAAGUUACUAGUGUGUACUAUAGGGGAAUAAAAAAUUAAAAAAAGAGAGGGAGAGAGAAAUUUCUUCUUCCUCCUCUUUUAAUCAUCGAUUACACUAUGUAAUCAUCAUCUCGUGUUAUAUACAAUUCUUGAAGAAUUGUUGAUAUAUAUAUAUAUAUACGUGUUGUCUAUUCUAUGCUUAUAUUUCGACGAUAAAACGAACAAGCUCUUUUUAAACUUUGUAAACGUCUUCUUUACUUCUUCAUCGAAUCGGCUGAUCGACCGACGAUUUGGAAGUUUCUAUCGUGGAGAACGACAAUUUUUUCAUCACACGAGAGACAGAGAAAGAGAGAGAGAGAGACAAAGAAAGAAAGAUAUAAAAAAAUAGAGAUAUAUGUCAUAAUUUAAAAAAAAAAUAAAUAGUAAUAAAAAAAUGGAGAUCGAAAACAAACACUUGUUGAUAACAAGAACGAAAAGGAUCGAUAAUAAUAUCGAUGAAGAUCUUCAAAUCAUAGCACUCCGUAGAAAGAUAAUACAUUUGAUGAACUGGGCACAGCGUUUCGUUGAUAGGCUUCCUGUUCGAAUGACUUUGAGCAAUUUGGGGAUAUUGGCAGUUUUCCUUGCCAUUGUUUUACCGAAAUCCUUAACUUACAUACUUUUGUAUCCAAUUUUCAGAUUAGUCUUUGGUACUUUAUAUCCGGCCUAUGCCUCCUACAAAGCAGUAAGAACGCAAAAUGUUAAGGAAUAUGUCAAAUGGAUGAUGUACUGGAUCGUAUUCGCUCUUUUUACUUGUGCUGAGACAUUCACGGACGUUUUCUUCAGUUUUUGGUUCCCGUUUUAUUAUGAGAUCAAGAUUAUUUUGGUGCUUUGGCUAUUGAGCCCUGCAACUAAGGGCUCGAGUAUACUGUAUCGACGUUUCGUUCAUCCUGCAUUGACCCGUCGAGAAGCUGAAAUCGAUGAGGCCCUUGCACGUGCUACAGAACAGGGAUACAAAGCUGUCCUCCAUCUUGGCACCAGAGGUGUAAACUAUGCAACUACUGUGCUCAUGCAAACCGCUAUCAAGGGGGGCGGUGGAUUGGUUCAACAAUUGAGGAAAAGCUAUAGUUUAAGCGAUCUGACUGGUGGAAAGGAUGUCGAAAAUAGAAGCUUGCCUGAAUCGCGAGACGAGACUGACAUGGAAGUGGAACCUCGUCGAAGAGAGCAUGUAGGGAGAAGAGGAUACAGUCCACGAAGGACACAAUCCAGCACCAAUAGAGUAGAAAUGUACUUUUCUGAAGUAGACGUCGAUAUGAUCCAGCCAAGGCCUAGAGAACCAAUAACUAGUUUAACAUCCUCCGACGAUAUAUCCAGCGGAUACAGUAGCGGCGAAGCAUUGCAAUCUCAUCGAGCAGCAUCCCAAGGUGACGCAUUAGUUAGAACAUCGAGUGUUGGAGCCAGGACACGCGUGAAGCCUCGUUCGACAACAAAAAAAACACCUGAGGACAUUGGAGAGGAAUCCGAGUACGACGACCUUCUUCCAUCGCCAUUAACCUUCCUCACUCCUGACCAAGUUCAUCAGCUUUUGUUAUUCCUGACUCCGAAUGAUGAUCGUCAGAAGAUUAGUAAGUUCGAUAACAAUGAACGAUUGUUAGACGAUGAUAUCAGAAAAAAAGAAUCUAAAUCGUCAUCCGAAGAAUCUGAGGUUUGGUUUGUACCAAAUGUAACAUCCGAGACAGAUGGAGUACCUGAUAAACUUCAGACUGAACUUUCAGAAAUAGAUAAUAACUCAAAGGACUGUCAAAGGUCAACUGAAAUUUUAACAAAACCAUCAAGCACAGAAUCAGAUCUUCAACAAAAAGAUAUGGAAAAUAAGAAUUGUGAAAAGACCGAUGUUCGUAAAAAUUCUUUGCAAACAGCCGUCAUCGAUGUGGAUAUUGAUAAAAUCAAGGAUGAGAUUUGUCGAGAGAAGCUGGACGAAUUGAAAGAACUUUUAAAUAAUGCGCACAAGGCGGUCACGAAGAUAGUAUCAUCCGAGGAAAAAUUAAAUCGGAUUGAUAACAAGUUUUGCUACUCUACCCCGAAGCAAGAAGAGCAACAAAAAGAAAGUAGCAUGAAAUUUACCGGCUGCUGACCGCAUAAAGGAAUAAAACAUAAAAAAAAGAAAAAAGCAAAAAAAACGAAAAAGAAAAAGAAAAUCUCUUACAAAAAAUUGUAAUUCACAUUUAAUCGUGUUAUAUCGGAUAUUCGAAUAUUCACAUAUUGCAUCACGUACAUUCAUACGACAAAUGCAAUGGUCAGCAGCAAAAUAUUGAUAAAGCGAGUUAGACACCUUGUGUAACUUAUCAAUGGUGUCUUUAGUAUAUUAGUGCUAUUUUGAAUGCGAUUUCUUUCUUUUUUUUUUUUUUUUUUUUUUUUUUUUUUUUCUUUUUUUAAGCAUUGGAUCGUUACUCAUGUGAUUUGAAAAAAUGUUAUUGGAUAAGCAUGACUACUUUCUUGCUUAAAUAAUGAAUGAAACAAAAAGAAAUAAAUAUGAGAAAGAGAGAGAGAAAAAAAAAAAGAAAAAUAUUAGUAGCAAAGGAAUGGCUUAAUGAUGACGGAUCAUGAUGACAUCGUUGCUCACGGUCAUCCAAAAAAAUAAUAAUAAUAAUAAUAAUAAUAAUAAUAAUAACUUUUGGUAUAUUUUAAGCAAAUUUCAUUCUAUGCGAAUUGUAGGCACAUAAAGCAUUUUGACUUUGCUUACAAUUCAAUAUGCAAU